CUACACGAGUGCUUCAGCGGUAGUUGCUCUGUGCCGGUCGGUGUGGUCUGGUGGGUUGCUGUGGGUAAGGAGGGGUUGGCAGUGUAGAAAAGAAACUUAGGCUGGGUAGAAUUGGGUGGCUAAGUGUUGUGUUUUGUAUGUUAUAAGAGUUGUUAACUUCAUUUCCUGUUAAAAUGUUUCAUCUUAAGCAUGUUGCAAGAACUGUCGUUCCUUUGAAGCAAAGUUGUUCUCAUCUGGACUUGAAUACAUUUCUGAAGGUAUGUCCGACCGCAGUUCAAAUUGGAGCCUCAAGAUCGUAUGCAGAUCAUCAAAUUCCCGAACGAUUACUGUCGGUGCCAGAUGCAGCGAAUCCGAAGUUUUUCGACAUGGUUGAAUAUUUCUUUCAUCGAGCAUGUCAAGUAGUAGAAGAUAAAUUAGUUGAUGAUAUGAGAGUACAUCGAAUGUCUGCAGAAGAUCGCAAGAAGAAAGUAGCGGGCAUUCUCAUGUUAAUGCAGAAUUGCGACCAUAUUAUUGAAGUAUCUUUUCCGAUUCGCCGAGAUUCUGGUGAAUACGAAAUGAUUACCGGCUAUCGAGCUCAACACAGUACACACAGAACACCCUGCAAAGGAGGCAUCCGCUACUCCAUGGACGUGACCCGCGACGAGGUGAAGGCGCUGUCGGCGCUGAUGACGUUCAAGUGCGCCUGUGUGGACGUGCCGUUCGGCGGCGGCAAGGCCGGCCUCAAGCUCAACCCCAAGACGUUCAGCGAGCACGAGCUGGAGAAGAUCACGCGCCGCUUCACCCUCGAGCUCGCCAAGAAGGGCUUCAUUGGACCUGGUGUAGAUGUCCCAGCUCCUGAUAUGGGUACUGGUGAGCGUGAGAUGUCAUGGAUUGCUGACACAUAUGCGAAAACAAUUGGGCAUCAGGACAUCAAUGCCCAUGCUUGUGUAACUGGUAAACCGAUCAACCAGGGUGGCAUUCACGGUCGCAUCAGUGCUACUGGCCGUGGAGUUUUCCACGGUUUGGAAAACUUUAUCAUGGAAGCAAAUUACAUGAGCAUGAUCGGCACUACGCCAGGAUGGGGAGGAAAAACUUUCAUUGUUCAAGGUUUUGGCAAUGUGGGUCUCCACACCAUGAGAUACCUGCACAGAGCUGGUGCUGUUUGCAUUGGUGUCAUUGAGUGGGAUGCUUCUAUUUAUAAUGCUGAGGGCAUUGACCCAAAGGCUCUGGAAGAUUACCGCAAUGAAACUGGUAGCAUCAAGGGUUUCCCUGGUGCUCAGGACUACACUGGUGAAAACAUGCUUUUUGAACCAUGUGAUAUAUUGGUGCCUGCUGCAGUUGAAAAGGUCAUCAAUAAAGAAAAUGCUAAUCGCAUCCAAGCAAAGAUCAUUGCAGAAGCUGCCAAUGGUCCUACAACUCCUGCAGCUGACAAAAUACUUAUUGAUCGUAAUAUUCUUGUAAUUCCUGACCUGUAUAUUAAUGCUGGUGGUGUAACUGUCUCCUUCUUUGAAUGGUUAAAGAAUUUGAAUCAUGUAUCUUAUGGUCGUCUUACCUUCAAGUAUGAAAGAGAAUCAAACUACCACUUGUUGGAGUCUGUGCAAGAAUCACUUGAGCGGAGGUUUGGGCGUGUGGGUGGACGCAUUCCAGUCACUCCUUCAGAGGCUUUCCAGAAAAGGAUUUCCGGAGCCUCAGAGAAAGAUAUUGUACACUCUGGCCUGGAUUACACAAUGGAACGUUCUGCUAGGGCUAUCAUGAAAACAGCCAUGAAAUUCAAUUUGGGCUUGGACUUGAGAACAGCUGCUUAUGUAAAUUCUAUUGAAAAGAUUUUCACCACUUACAAGGAGGCAGGCUUGACAUUCUAAUCCAGCCAGCAAUUAUUCUUGUGUGUUCAGCCUUUCUGAUCACCACCAUUUCACGUUUCUUUGAGUCUGUAAUUUCAGACUCAGUUUGUGCAUGAGGACAAGCUAUACAAGAUCACGGAAGAUGAAAUCUAGAGUAAACUAAAGGUACAUCUUGGUUACAUUGAGUGGUGGUGGCGGGUUGGCAUAGUAGAACAGAACAUGUAUUUAUUUCCCUGAACACAGGACCUGUCCAUAGAUCAGAUGAGAAUCAUCUGUCAAUGUCUAAUUAUGUGCUCGUUUAUGAUUUUUUGUAAGUAUUCAGUAGAUUCAAGAAAAAGCAUUACUUUCUGUUCACUCUCUUUAAGUGUAAGUAGUGUAAUUUGAGAACAAUUUUCAACAUAAAGAGUGAAGUUGUCACUAUUGUGUCCUUUGUUCUGAAUGAAGAACAAAAUUGAUCAGACUCGAACUACAAAGCAACUGUCAGUAAUAUACUAAUUGUGAUAUUAAAGAUUUUAUGUUUAAAACGUAAUGAAAUUGUAUUACUUUUAUAUCUCUUUAAUAGUCCCUACUUGCAUUUUGUAGGACACUGUAGAAUCCAGAGCAAUAAUUUUUUUUGUAAGUUCAAACAAGUAGUUCUGUGUUUGAAUCCCUUUCCCUGAGAAGCCUUGCCUAGAGCUUUUACUUCUUCAUUCUGACCUUCGUUAUUAUUUUUCCACUUCAACAAUUCUGAAAACGUGGAAGCCCAUUUUGAGCAAGUAGCAUAUACAUUCAUGUGGUCAAAUGCAGACUUCCUUUUACAUCUAGUACAAAUUCUCGUUCCAUAAGAGUGUUAACUCUCAUUCUGGCAUGUAGUUAAGACUGUAAUUGGUAUAUGCAACAAAACAUACUUUUGGGCUCUUCCAAUCAGUUCAAAGUGGCCUAUAAGAAUGAUUUUGUAGAACAUGAGGGGAUGCAGAAGAAGGUAAGUGCUGUUCAGUUCAGAGUUAUCAAAUCAUUUUUAACCAGUAAGAGAAAGCAAAAUACACAUUCACAUUUACUAACUUGCGAAUAAAAGCAAGUUUUAUGUGGACUCUAAACACAAUCAGUUUAUAAACCAUAACC